UGGCCAUUGAGGAGGAAAAUCAGCUGAAGGAAAACACUGCGGGCUAGUGAGUCAAACCAUGGCUGCGGAGAUCCAUUCCAGGCCCCAGACCGCCCGGCCGGUCCUCUUGAACAAGAUCGAGGGCCACACGGACACUGUCAACGCGGCCGUGCUGAUCCCGAAAGAGGACGGAGUGAUCACGGUCAGCGAGGACAGAACCAUCCGGGUGUGGCUGAAGAGAGACAGCGGUCAGUAUUGGCCCAGCAUCUACCACACCGUCUCCUCUCCGUGCUCCUGCAUGUCGUACCACCACGACAGCAGACGCAUCUUCAUCGGCCAGGACAACGGGGCUGUUGUGGAGUUUCUCAUCUCUGAAGAUUUCAACAAGAUGAACCACGUCAAAACAUAUCCAGCCCACCAGAACCGUGUGUCAGAUAUGGUGUUCUCCCUGGAGAGCGAGUGGGUGGUGAGCACCGGCCACGACAAGAGUGUGAGCUGGAUGUGCACACAGAGCGGCAGCAUGCUGGGGAGGCACUACUUCACCGCCUGGGCCUCCUGCUUACAGUACGACCACGAGACGCAGCACGCCUUCGUGGGGGAUUACUCAGGACAGAUCACUCUGCUCAAACUGGAGAAGCAGACGUACUCCACCAUCACUACACUGAAGGGACACGAAGGCAGUAUAGGCGCCCUGUGGUGGGACCCGGUCCAGAGACUGCUCUUCUCAGGGGCCUCGGACCACAGCGUCAUCAUGUGGGACAUCGGGGGCCGCAAAGGACGGACGCUGCUGCUGCAGGGACAUCACGAGCGUGUUCAGGCCCUGCGCUACCUGCAGCUGACCAGGCAGCUGCUGUCCUGCUCGGCGGACGGAGGCAUCGCCGUGUGGAACAUGGACACACAGAGAGAAGAGGCGCCUCAGUGGUUAGACAGCGACUCAUGUCAGAAGUGUGAGCAGCCUUUCUUCUGGAAUAUCAAGCAGAUGUGGGACACGAAGACCCUGGGGCUGCGACAGCACCAUUGCAGGAAGUGCGGUAAGGCCGUGUGUGGGAAGUGCAGCUCGAAACGCUCCACGUUUCCACUCAUGGGCUUCGAGUUCCCCGUGCGAGUCUGCGACGCCUGCUUCGACACCAUCAAGGAAGAAGACCGAACGGCGCUGGCCACGUUCCACGAGGGGAAACACAACAUCGCCCACAUGGACAUGGACCCAUCCAGAGGCCUGAUGGUCACUUGUGGAAGCGACCGCAUUGUCAAGAUCUGGGAUAUGACACAGGUGGUUGGCUGUAGCUUAGCAACAGGCUUCACCCCGCGCUGAUUGGUCCGUCCCACCACAAGGCCCGCCCCCCCCCCCCAGUGUCAUGGAAACCCCCCCCUCCUCGCCCUCUUCUGUACAGUCCGUCUCCCCCCCAACACGCCUGGGAUCUUCAGUAACAGCCAGGCCUGCUGUGUGUGCGUUCGUUCGUGUGCGUGCAUGUGGCCCUACACGUCCCUUUUUUUGUUUUUUUUUUUGGCUUCUCAUAAUUAAUUUCACUGAUUGACAGUCGAGGUGUGUUUGUUUUUUGAUAUUUUGCUCUGAUGUGAACCACAACCUGAAGCACAACUGUGUGUGUGUGUGUGUGUGUGUGUGUGUGUGCGUGUGUGUGUGUGCGCGUGUGUGUGUGUGUGCGUGUGUGCAUGUUAUGGUUUCUCCUAUAGGAGGAUUGGUAUUAACAUUGGUGUUUACAUUCGAUGUAUCCGAUGCUUGUUUUGGACAAAGGUCUUCUUUCUCUUAUCGCCCUCGCACUGUCAGGUUCAGCUGCAGUGGACGGCUGAUCUUCCGCUCGGUGGGAAACAUGUUUAUCGCUUCCUGGUGUAGCUCACUGUCACUAUAAAGAAGAAAAAGAAGGAAAAAAAAAAAAACUACUUUCACACACACAUUAAA